AUGUCCAUAGGCUUCGGCGACGCGCUGGCGGUGGUGGAAAAGGCCAUCGCCGUUUAUCAGAAAAUGACCGACGCCGUACAGACAGUCCAGUUCAUGGGCAUACGUCUUGAAGGUAUCAGAGACCAAAUCAAGAUAGCACAGAAACUGGUCCCUGACGACAGGACCAACAAUUUCUUGCAGAAGCUCGACGGCGAAUUGUACGAGAUGAUCCGCAAGACGAUCGCGAAGAUCCAGGUCGACGCUCAAGCCACGCAAGACAUUCUAGAGGAGUGGUACAGCAGGAAGACGGGAUUUCUCAACUCGACAUGGCGUUCCCAGUUGUUUGCCAACAUGGUCAAUGGCAUCCUCAAGGGCAAGGGCGAUGACCUGAAGAUGCUGAACCAACGACUAGACCAUUACCAGACGUCGCUCAACCACUUUAUCGGCAUGGUCAACACCUAUGGCAUCAAAGAGCUCAUUGAGCGCGAUACGAAGAAUAAAGGCAAGCAACUCGCGGUCGGGACUACUGCGAGUGCGAAUACUCCUGCCUCCAAAGUAGGACGAUCUUCUCCGUCCCCAGCCAGGCGCAAGCAGUACAGGGUCAUCUUUGUCGAUCCACACAACGAGGGCCGCUCAGUCGUCGCGCAGUCGUACCUGUACCUGGUCCACCAGUGGACGGUGAGGACUGACAACCACUGGCCGUUGAGCAAGUGGGAAUCCGCGGGAAUGCGACUCCGGGCACGAUCAGCGUUUGUGCCACAGCUGCAAGCCUUGGGACUGCCGAAGCGGAUCAAGUUCGUCGACGGGAACGUUCCCUCGUCACCUCACGCCGUCAAUGCCCUUUUCGACCAACCGUAUUUCAACUACGCAUACAAAGAGCCCAUCCGCCAGCGUGCGGCCAAACGGCUCUCGCGGGGCCUGCCAGCCAACAUGUUCGAGCACUACGACUUCAUCUUGGUCUUCACCAAGGAGCAGCUCGAGAUCCUCGAGGCAUUGCGCGAGCACGUCGCCCGGACCCAGCCCCAGUACAAGGAUGUCAACCAGCGGGCAAGAAUCCUCUUGCUCGGCUCAUACAGCAAGGCAGGACAGAUCUAUGUGCCCGGUGCCACGGACGAUGCUGAAGAGCUCAAAAAGAUGUGGGGAAAAGUCGUCAACCAGAUCAAGGGCAGCGUCAAGGGAUUUCUGGAGGUGGAGUGCGGUUGGAAGCCUCCAAAGAAAGACGACGCAUGGAAACAGGCCGUGGAGAAGACAUGA